UUAAGAGCGGUUCUUCGGCAGUCAGCUCUGUCCAGUCGUAUCGCACGGGCACUAAAAUGGCGUCAGCUUCGGAUUACAGCUCCUACAAUCAAACUGGUGCUCAGCAGGGGUAUGCCUCCUAUGCAGCCCAGCCUUCACAAAAUUAUGGACAGUCAGCACAGCAAAGCUAUGGCCAGCAGAAUUAUGGAUCAUAUGCCCAGCCUGCUGCUGCUGACAGCAGUUACACCCAGACAACACCUGCUGCUGGAGGUUACCCUCAGCAGCAGCAACAGUAUGGCUCCUCAUAUGGCCAGCAAGCAUCAGCUGGCUAUCCUGCUGCCCAAUCUACUACACAUAGCUACUCGCAGUCAGCCCAGGGGUAUGGAGCCAGUGGUUAUGACAGCACUCCUGCUGCUGCUGCUCCAGCUGCUUCCCAGUCUUAUGGCUCUCAGCCAGGAUAUACUGCACAGUCUGCCUACCCUGGUUAUGGCCAGCAGGCUGCCCCCACUGCACCUCAAAGUUACAAUGCUAACAGCCAGCCGGCUAGUUACAACCAGAAUAACUACUCCCAGCCAGCAGCAUAUGGUCAACAACAGCCUGGUUACCAGGGCCAACAGUCCAGCUACAGCCAGCCACAGGGCUACCAGCAGCAGACCCAGCAGCAGCAACAGGCUCCUCCUGCUUACCCUCCUCAGGCCGCUGGUUCCUACGGGCAGCCACCGGCCAACCAGUACAGCCAGCAAGGUGGACCACCCAGUUACAACCAAUCCAGCCAUUACAAUAAUUACAGACAGGAUGGCCAGGGUGGAGGUUCUGGUUACCCUGGCAGUGAAUCCUCAAGGUACCCAGGGGUUGGGGAGACCAGGGGCCCAGGCAGGGAUGGCUUUGACCGAGGUGGAAUGAUGCAUCGUGGACGCGGAGGCAUGGGGCGUGGUAUGGGCAGCGCUGGAGACAGAGGUGGCUUCAAUAAGCCUGGUGGUCCUAUGAACAGUGACAACGAGCGUGAAAUGGGACGCCCAGAAGAGCAGGAUGAUUCUGAGAACAGCACGAUUUACAUCACCGGACUGACUGAGAAGGCAAACCUGGAGGAAAUGGCUGAGUUUUUCAAACAUGUUGGCCCAAUUAGGAUGAACCGCAGACUUGGCCAGCCUGCCAUUAACAUAUACACAGACAAGGACACAGGAAAGCCAAAGGGAGAUGCCACUCUUUCUUAUGAGGAGCCUAUCUGUGCCAAAGCAGCUGUGGAGCAUUUUGAUGGUAAAGAGUUCCAAGGCCGAAGGCUUAAGGUGUCCAUGGCACGCCGAAAGCCAAUGAUGGGUGGAAUGAGAGGUGGCAUGCCCAUGCGGGAUGGCAUGAUGGGCCGUGGAGGUAUGAUGGGCCGUGGAGGAGACCGUGGUGGGUUUGUCCCACGUGGUGGUCCACGUGGUAUGGGCAGGGGUGGACCCACAGGAGGCAACAUGCAGCAGAGAGCAGGAGACUGGGAGUGUCCUAACCCGGGUUGUGGCAACCAGAACUUUGCCUGGAGGAUGGAGUGUAACCAGUGCAAAGCUCCCAAACCAGAAGGGCUAGGUGGCGGGCCUCCUUUCCCCAUGGGAGGUGACCGAGGCAGAGGUGGAAUGGGAAUGCGUGGAGGCCGAGGUAUGGACCGCGGUGGGCCAGCAGGAGCUGGAGGUCCAGGAGGCCCUGGAGGUUUCCGUGGAGGCUGGGGAGGCGACCGUGGGGGAUUCAGAGGACGUGGUGGAAUGGAUCGGGGAGGUUUCCGUGGGGCCGGACGUGGAGGACCACCGAUGGACCGGAUGGGUGGCAGAGGUGGAAGAGGAAUGGGACCACCAGGUGGCAAGAUGGAUAUGAGGGACCAUCGCCAGGAGCGCAGAGACCGACCUUACUGAAGGAAAACUUCUUGAUUGUUCCUCUUGUGGAAUUCAAUUUUUAAAAAGAAAAUUUUUAAUUUAUGAUUCCAUUCUUCGAUGGUCAUAGAUCUGCUUUCGUACAUCCUGUGCAGUUACAUUCAACUCGCGUUUCCAUUUUUGUAUUUUAGUUUUUUUAGUUACUCACUUGUAUGCUGCAUCUUGUGUUGUGCAUGUUUUUUUUCUGUUGUUGCUGUUUUUUUUAAAUGCGCAGAUUAGUUUGACAUUGUAUUGUAAAAUGCAAUAUUUUUCAUGCGUUAACAUAAUUGCCUCCCCUUCCCAUAACUUACCAUUGUAUGAAGACAAACUUGGGAAAUAAAAUUUUACUGAUUUCA